AUGACUCAGGCCGAUUUGGUUCCCGCACCAGCUGAUGCUGUACCCGUCUCAAGCCCAGUUGAUCCACCCGUUGAAAACAAACUGCCCCCGACCCCUGAAGGAUAUAUCAGGGUCAGAAACCUAACAGAUUGUCCUUCUGAUUGGGAUCCGGACGAGCUCGUACAGGAGACUUUUAUCAAGGGGCCCCCUGACGGUGAGAGGCUGGUAGUAUGCGGUGUUGGUUGUUUAUACUACUGGCCUGAUGAUCCGAGCCGGGUUGUCAAGGUGGCCAGAUCCACCCCUGAAGCAAACGCGCAGAUUGAGAUUGAGAAAAGGAUUUAUUCUCGCUUUGAAGAGAAAGGAUACCAUCCAAAUAUCAUCAAGUGUCUCCGAUAUGAUGACUCUGGAAUUUAUCUUGAGCGCGCCGAGCAUGGCUCCCUCACGGCGUAUUUUGAAGAAGGCGGCGAUGCAUCGUUAACAGAACGACUUCAAUGGUCCUAUGACCUGGCUGAUGCUAUUCAGUAUCUCCAUGAUCUUGGUAUUAGACAUGCCGAUCUGGUAGGCAGGAAUAUCCUGCUUGAUUCCUCACGACGCGUUCGACUCUGUGAUUUCGGCGGCUCAGGGAUUGAUGGCGAAAAGCCUAUAGUAGUUUCAUCCGUAUAUUAUGGCCACCCAGAUGACGAUGAAAGGACCGCUUGCACUGUAAAGGCAGAGCUUCAUACUCUAGGUUCUGUGAUCUAUGAAAUUUCCACAUCGAGGAUGCCUUUCCACGACAAGCGUGGCUAUGACGUUGGGCAGUUAUUCAAAAAGGGAAUAUAUCCAGAUGUGAAGGAUAUAGUGCUUGGGGAUGUCAUUGCAAAAUGCUGGGCCGGAGAGUUUACAACUGCACGUGAGGUUGCUGAAAGCAUCAAAUUUGCUAAAGGCCGAGCCCUACAGGAAACAUAA